AUAUGGUCAAAGCAAAGCGAAGGGAGUGCAGUGCAGGCUUCCGGGUUUGUGAGAUUAGCAAAGUGCAGACCAGCCGGUAGCAGGGAGCGAAGUGAAAACAGGGAGGUUUGUUAUUCAUUCAUACAGCGAUUCAAAAGGCAAUCAGAAGAGGUCUGGAAAUAUGCCGUACGAACUUAAGACAGUGUUUGCCAGCCUCCCACAGGUAGAACGGGGAGUUGCGAAAAUCCUUGGAGGUGAUCCGAAGGGAAACAACUUCCUUUACAGCAACGGGAAGUGUGUCAUCAUCCGAAACAUUGAAAAUCCAGCAAUUGCAGAUAUCUACACUGAACAUGCUCAUCAGGUUUCUGUUGCUAAGUAUGCUCCCAGUGGAUUCUACAUUGCAUCUGGAGAUGUCUCUGGGAAGCUGAGAAUCUGGGACACCACUCAAAAGGAGCAUCUCCUUAAGUAUGAAUACCAGCCCUUUGCAGGAAAAAUUAAGGACAUUUCAUGGACAGAAGAUAGCAAGAGAAUAGCAGCAGUUGGAGAAGGCCGGGAGAAGUUUGGAGCAGUGUUCCUUUGGGACACUGGCUCAUCGGUUGGCGAGAUCACUGGUCACAGCAAGGUCAUUAACAGUGUGGACGUAAAACAGACACGACCCUACCGCAUUGUGACCGGCAGCGAUGAUAACUGUGGAGCAUUCUUUGAGGGACCUCCAUUUAAAUUUAAGUUUACAAUGAUGGACCACAGCCGGUUUGUCAAUUGUGUAAGAUUUUCACCUGAUGGGAACAGGUUUGCUUCAGCUGGUGCUGACGGCCAGAUCUUUAUCUAUGAUGGAAAAAAUGGAGAGAAGAUCGCUGCUCUUGGCGGUGGAAAGGCCCAUGAUGGAGGUAUAUAUGCUGUUAGCUGGAGUCCUGACAGCACUCAGCUGCUUUCUGCAUCUGGAGACAAGACAGCAAAGAUCUGGGACGUUGCUAAUAACUCUGUAGUGACCACGUUCAAUAUGGGAUCAGAUGUUUUGAAUCAGCAGUUGGGAUGCCUGUGGCAGAAGAACCACUUGCUGACCGUUUCUCUAUCUGGCUACAUCAACUACCUUGAUAAAAACAAUCCAAACAGGCCUUUGCGCACAAUCAAGGGCCACAGCAAAUCCAUCCAGUGUCUGACUGUGCAUAAAAAUGAUGGACGAUCAUACAUCUACUCUGGAAGUCAUGACGGUCAUAUCAAUAUCUGGGAUGCUGUAACUGGAGAGAAUGAUAGCUUUAGUGGAAAGGGCCACAGCAACCUGGUGUCCAGGAUGGCUAUAGAUGAAUCAAACCAGCUGGUCAGUUGCGGUAUGGAUGAUACAGUUCGUUUCACCAGUGUGACCAAGAAAGAAUACAGUGCUUCAGACCUUGUUAAAAUGGAUGUCCAGCCCAAGUGUAUCGCAGUGGGACCAGGAGGUUACGCAGUGGCUGUUUGCAUUGAGCAGCUUGUGCUGCUGAAGGAUAAGAAGAGAGGUUUUGGAAUGGAUAACCUUGGUUAUAAGCCAGAAGUUGCAGCUAUUCACCCAGGAGGUGUGACCGUAACAGUGGGAGGAUCGGAUGGCAAAGUCCACUUGUACUCCAUUCAAGGAAACACCCUGAAGGAUGAUGGAAAGACCUUGGAGGUUAAGGGGCCUGUGACUGACCUUGCCUAUUCCCACGACGGUGCCUACCUUGCUGUCUGUGAUGCAAACAAAGCUGUUACUGUCUUCACAGUGGCUGAUGGAUAUGCAGAGAAAAGUGUCUUCUAUGGCCACCAUGCUAAAGUGGUCUGUGUUGCUUGGUCUCCAGACAAUGAGCAUUUUGCCAGCGGAGGAAUGGACAUGAUGGUUUAUAUCUGGACUGUAAACGAUUCAGACACAAGAAUCAAGAUGCCAGAUGCCCACAGGAUGCAUCACGUCAGCAGCGUGGCCUGGUUAGAUGAGCACACUCUUAUUACAACAUCCCACGACUCCUCUAUCAAGCAGUGGACUGUCACAUACAAAUAAGCAAGAGGCAUACAGAUCUUCAGGGACUAGAUGUACUGUUGCAGAUGGAAUUUCUUUCACUAUUUCUUUAUUGGGCACUGAGUUCUAUAUCAUAUCUCUGAGUCAUUACAGGGAAGUCAUAUCUAAAUAUGCUGUAUCUUGAAAGCUUUAGUAAGUAAAUAUUUGCACGAAAAAGCACUUAACAUAUUCUCUGGAGCUUCUAAAUGUCUAUGCUCAACAUUCCAGAGGCAACAGCCUUAUUUCGGUUCAUUUUUAAAGACUCAGAUCAGUCUGUUCAUUUCUUUUCUAGCAGAGAUGUUUGUGAAAUUGUAUGGAAUGGGAUUAAUGUUUGCCUCGUUGUGUGACUACAGAAUAUUUCUGUAUCAUUCACAUAUUGAAAAUAAAAAUUAAAGUAUUUGAUCAAAAAUGCUGUGUACAGCAGAGUGCA